UAUAUGCCAGUUGCUCGCAUAAAAGAAAAAUUCUUUCAACAAUUGAGUAGAAGCAAACCAAUAAUGAAUAUAUAUCAGAUCUUAAUUAUUUGUCUACUGAUUGUGAUUCGAUUGGAUUUGGAAUAUGGGGAGCAGGGUACGCUUUCCCGGAACAGCGAUGAUGAAUUUCAGAUGCUAAUUGCUGGCGGCAUCCUGCCCGAUUUCGGCAAAUUUGCGAGGAAUAUCGUAUCGAUCCGCACUUUGCAUUUCAUUGAAUUCUAUGGCGACAAUCACUUUUGCACUGGCGUCAUCCUGAGCAGUCAGACGAUCUUAACGGCGGCUCAUUGUGUGACUGACCGUCACAAAUCCAUAAUGAAUCCGCGUGGUUUGCUGGUCGUCUUUGGUUCAGUGGAACGAUUAGAAAAAUAUCAGAAGGACGAAAGCCGACGAGUCAUGCAAAUUUUGGUGCAUCCACAUUAUCAGCGUUAUCUUAAAUACGAUGUUUCUAUAUUGCGCUUAGUGGACAGAAUUCCGGGCAAUAUGCGACACGUGAAGCCGAUAACAAAACGAAAAAUGGCCUCGGUAUACCCUGGCACGUUGUGCAUCACCAUGGGCUGGGGUCAGCUUUAUCCGCAUGGUCCAUAUGCCAAUGAAUUGUUAUAUCUGGAAGUAAUUAUAGAACCUCAUGAGUUUUGUAAUGAAAUGGAAAGUUAUGAUAGAGACACGAGCAUCUGCGCCCAGCCGAAGAACAAGGGACAAGUUUGUCCCGGGGAUUUGGGUUCGCCAAUUAUGUGUUCAACCUAUUUCUCAGGCAUAAUCGGUGGUGCACAGAAAUGCGAAGGCGUCAAAUCGAUUAAAUUUGUCAAUUAUUCAAAAGUUGCGUCUUGGGUUAGUAAUACCGUUGGAUUGUUCUCUGGCAACUGUCAAAUAUGUUACGUAGCUUAA